CUGGCUCGGUUAGCCUUUGGCGGCGCUGCGGUUAGAGGCUCACAAAGCCGAGAGCAGCUGCUGCUGAACCUGUGGGCAGAAAAGUGAAAGCGUAUCCGCAACAGGUGGCGGCUGCUGCAGAAAGUGUGCACUUCUCAGGACGGAUGGCGGCUGCACGGAGAAAACUCUUGCAAAGCAGGCAAGUGGGACCUCUUCUCCUUUUUCUGUGCUUUUCUGUGGGGGGUGCAUCAACCAUCCGCUAUUCGGUGGCAGAGGAGAUGGAGAGCGGUUCGUUUGUGGCUAAUGUGGCUAAGGACUUGGGGCUGGAGGUAGGGAAGCUGGCGACGCGCGGGGCGCGGCUCGUUUCCGAAGGCAACAAACUACAUUUCCGGCUGCACCGCAAGACGGGAGACCUGUUCAUGAAGGAGAAACUAGACCGGGAGUCCCUUUGUGGCAAAGCCGACCCCUGCGUACUGCACUUUGAAAUAGUCCUGGUGGAGCCGCUGCAGUCCUUCCGCGUGGAGGUCAGGGUAUUUGAUAUUAACGACAGCCCGAUUUUCCUAAACAAGGAGCCUCUUUUGAAGAUUCCAGAGAGCACCCCCUUGGGUUCACGGUUUCCUCUGCAGAGCGCCCAGGACCUGGACGUGGGCCUCAACGGUCUCCAAAAUUACACCUUGAGUGCCAAUGAGUAUUUUCACCUGCACACCCGCUUCCGCAGCCAUGGGCCCAAGUAUGCGGAGCUCGUGCUGGAUAAACCCCUGGACAGAGAGGUGCAGCCUGAGGUCAACCUGACAAUUACAGCCGUGGACGGAGGGUCCCCCCCCAAGUCUGGCACGGCACACAUCCGCGUGCAAGUUCUGGAUGUCAAUGAUCACGUGCCCCAGUUCUCUCGCCUGGUGUACCGCGCUCAAGUACCGGAAAAUAGUGCCAACGGUUCUUUGGUGGCCACAGUGACGGCCACCGACCUAGAUGAGGGCUCCAACAAGGCAAUAACUUACUCUUUAGCUCAAAACCCAGAAGUAAUUCUCCAGACAUUUCAGAUCGACCCUGACACUGGAGAGGUUCGAUUACGAGGGGCUCUAGAUUUUGAAGUCACGGAAACAUACGACAUUGACAUUCAAGCUACUGAUGGAGGCGGCCUCUCCGCCCACAGCAAAGUCCUGGUGGAAGUGGUGGAUGUUAAUGACAAUCCUCCUGAAGUGACAGUCUCCUCUGUGUCCAGCCCUCUCCCUGAGGAUUCUCCACUACAGACUGUAGUGGCCCUUUUCUCUGUCCGCGACCGAGACAUUCGAGUGGGAGGAAAAAUCACCUGCUUCCUCAAAGAAGACCUUCCUUUUGCAGUCAAACCUACAUUCCGCAAUUCCUACUCACUGGUCACUGACAGACGCUUGGACCGAGAGGACGUCUCUGGCUAUAAUAUCACCCUUGUUGCUACGGACACUGGACCACCCACUCUGUCCUCGGAGACUGUUAUAGAGGUGCUAAUAGCUGACAUUAAUGACAACCCCCCAGUGUUUCAGGAAGAUUCCUACAUCUUGACUGUUCGAGAAAACAACAGCCCUGCAGUCUUUAUUGGCAAAGUGCAUGCUGAGGAUCUAGAUUUGGGUGAGAAUGCCCAAGUCACAUAUUCUCUGCUGCCUCCAAAAAGUGGCGAUCUAUCAGUCUUUGCUUAUAUCUCUAUCAAUUCAGACAAUGGGAAACUCUAUGCACUGAGAACCAUGGAUUAUGAGGCCAUUCAAGAUUUUCAGUUUGUGGUAAAGGCAACAGAUGGGGGCUUCGUGUCACUGAGUAGCCAAGUUAGUGUCCGAGUGGUUGUCUUGGAUGACAAUGAUAACCGCCCAAUGAUCUUGUACCCUCUGCAGAAUGGCACCUUGCCUUGCAAUGACCUGGUACCCAGGUCUGCAGAGGCAGGCUACCUGGUGACCAAGGUGGUGGCUGUGGAUCGCGAUUCGGGUCAGAAUUCUUGGCUUUCGUAUCAUUUACUUAAGGCCACUGAUGCUGGGUUAUUCUCUGUUCAACAACAAAAUGGGGAAAUCCGUACAUUGCGGCCGAUAUCUGAGAGAGACCCCAGGAUGCAGAAGCUGAUCAUUCUUGUUCAGGAUCAUGGCCAACCAGCUCUUUCUACUACUGCCUCACUCAACAUCCUUCUGGUAGAUGGCUUUUCUGAGCCUUAUCUGCAGUUCCAGGAUCCAUUCAAACAUCCUACAAGGGUAAAUCCAUCCACUAAAUAUUUGGUCAUUUCUCUGGCUGUGCUUUCCUUUCUCUUUCUCCUCUCUGUCGCGGUGAUCUUCAUUAUACACAUCUGCCAGAAGAUUAAAUACAGAGAAAAGUUCACAAUCCAAGAGCAUUUCUAUGAUGACUGUAAUUUCCCUAACAACCUGGUACCAGGAGGAGCCAGUGGGUCCAUAUCCCAGCCUUGUCCCUAUGAAAUGUGCUCAGCCACUGGCACGGGCGCUAGUGAGUUCCGGUUUCUCAAGCGCUUUAUGCCCAACUUCCCUUUCCCCCAUGGCACUGGAGAGGUAAAAACAGAGGCUGGCUCCAGUUUACCACCAGAUUCCGACAGGAAUAGGUCUCAGGGGCCAGAGGGGCAGGCCCGAGCAUCUGAUGACUAUAUGUAGCCAUUAUUCAUGGUCUCCCGUGGAAGUUCAUUACUCCUGGCUCUGGGAAUGCUUAGGUUCACAGAGAUAUCCUUUUAUUUUUCCUUUAAAUUAUUUUCCAACAGAAAGAUAUGCAUGCAUUGGGAAGAGAACUAGCUCCUAAUUUUAUCAGUAAACAAUGAGGUUUGAGAAGUAGAAAUAUAAUCUGUUGUUCUUCAGAAAUUUCUAGGGAAUUCCUUGGUGGCCUAGUAGUUAAGGAUCUGGCAUUGUCACUGCUGUGGCUUGGGUUUGGUCUCUGGUCUGGGAACUUUCAUAGGCUGUGGGCAUAGCCAAAAAAACUUUUUUCUGGAUUGUCCCUUCAUGACUGUAAAUCCUCUUUGCAUCAUCAGGCUGUUGCAAAUCAUCAUUUAUCAUCACGCAGAUGCCUGCCACAUGGCAGUCCUCAUAGACAGCUGGGGGACGAGGGUAAAGAUGAAAAAAGGGUUUGACGUAUUUUCAAAUGUAUGGGCAGAUAUAAAGUAAGGAGAUUCAGCUCAGGAAUGUUCUCUAAAAUUAAGUUAGAUGUAGAUGGUUGUUUUAGGCCUUAGGCAAGUCUUAAAUGUCUCUUCAUAUACAAGUAUCUCUCUCCUUCCUUAUCAGAGAGUGUUUAUUUGAAUGUGGGGAAUGAAAGGUGCGGGAGGCAAAAAAUAGACUUGUAGGUAACAAGUGCUAUGGAACAACUACGGAACAGAAAGAUAGUAAAGUAAAAAGAAUCCAUCAAUACCAAGUAAGUGGCCUUAAGGAUUUUCAGGAAAUACCAGCUUUGAUCUUAGGCCAUUUUCCCCUCUGACUAUGCUAAUGAUGACGUGGAAACUGAGAAAAAGAGAGUUCCUAGCAAAUCAUUCAAAAAAAGCAGUGGAGUAGGGACAAAGUAGGUUUCUUUUUCAUCAUCACUGUUUUGCCUUUGUAAGUGAUUCUAAGCACUCUCAUUCUAAAAUUAAAGACAGCAAAAUUAAAACAAUGUAUUUCAAGGGUGCUAUCAAUACUAACUGCGCCUUCAACAUUUAAAAGAGUUCACUUUCAUGAGUCUUUAAUUGUGUAUCUUAUUUUAUACAAACAUGAAAAAUUCAGACCCCCAAGGGUAUGGUCCAGAGAGACAGGCACAGUAUUUGUACUUGGAAUUCCAAGGGUAGAGCAGUACCUCCUAAAAUAAUUCUCAACCAUGCCAUAUCUUAUUUAUUGCUAUAAACCAUAUUCUCAAAAGCCUGACUAAUAGCUAAUAAUAGCACCUGGCUAUCUAUCUGGUGGCCAGGAUACCCUAAAUUUUACUGUACAUUAUUUUUUUAAAUGUUGGAGAUGCUUAGGGCAGAACUGAUGUAACCUAUGGGCUGCCUUCAAUAGUUGCCUUAAUAUCUUGAGAAUAGAUGAAGCAAAUGCAGAAUGUUAAUGACUUGUCUUAUCAAUAUUAAAUAUUUUCCAUAUAUUGAGUUAUAAUCUUGCUCACUUGGAGUACAGUUCUUUUAUGCACAAAACAAAAAAAUAGUGUUGCAGUGUAUAAGGGUUAGAACUGGUUAAGGCAUGCAGAAAUCAGAGGCUUAAAGUGAGAAAACAAGAAAGAACACAAUUAACUUUUAGGGGUAAGUAAUUAUAAAAGCCACUAGGUUAACAGCAUUUGAUUACAUAAUUGUCACUGAUUAAGUGUAUUUGAUGACAUUUUAAUGAUGUGAGUAUAAUCAGUGGAGCCUAGCCUAAUGCCAAUGAUAAGGAAAGAAAAUGUCCAUCAGUGGCUUUUUUUGGGGGGGGGGGCACCCCUGCAGCAUAUGGAAGUUCCCAAGCUUGGGGGUCACAUCUGAGCUGCUACCGCCACAGCAACACCAGACAUGAACCAUGCCCUCGACUCACACUGCAACUUGCAGCAAUGCCAGAUCCUUAACCCACUGAGCAAGGCCAGGGAUUGAACCUGCAUCCUCAUAGAUAUUAGUCGGGUUUGUAACCUGCUGAGCCUCAAGCAGAAUGCCAGAUCUGUCAUUUUUUAAGACUUUGAUUUCAAACAGUAGUCAAGUUCACAUACACAUAUACAUAAAAUGAGCGGAGGAUGUAGAUUUGUCAAUUUAAUUUUUCCAUAUAUGGACACUAAACUAAAGCCUAACAUUCCAUAGCAUUAUUUUACAAAGAAAAUGACAUUUUAAGAAUGAUAACAUGUCAUAAAGGAAUAAUACUUUAAAAAACUCCAAAUUUUAUGCAAAAUGUAUUUUGCCAUUAUUUUUCUCACUUGUCUGAAGCCAGUAAAAUUUUGCCACUAAUUUUGAGAUUAGGCACUACUGGAUUAAAUUAUAAUCUAAACUCAUUUUUAUUCAGACUUCAGGUAACCAAGAAAAUUCCAAUUUUACCGGAUGAUUAAAAAUUAAAAUUAUGUUGUGAUGAUGGUUGUAUAACUCUAAAUAUAAAAAUCAUUGCAUUAUUAAAAAAUAAAAGCACCAAUUUAAAAAAAAACCGAAGAAAAUCUCUACAUUGAUUGGAUGAAUAUGAUAUGAGCCAUUUGUAUUUGGAGAGAACGCUAUAUACCAGCUGAGAUUAAGUACGUUUCCAUCGACAAGUUAGUAAUUAUCCUAAUUAUUUCCGUUCUUUGCUGUCUCUCUAAUGUCAAAUAAGAAUUGUUCUAUUUAUUCAAAGUUAAAACCCAAGUGGCUUGCAGUGCUCUUGUCUAAAAGGUUAUGAUAACUAAGCUUUAUCUUUUUUUUUCCAGCUUCAUUGAGGAAUAAAUGGCAAAUAUUUGUUUGUAUAAUGUUUAAAGUAUAAAACAUGAUGUUUAGAUACACAUAUACAUUGUGGAAUAAUUACCAAACUCAAGGUAGUUAAAACAUCUAUCCCUUUAGAUAGUUAACUCCUUUCUCUUUUUUUGUGAUGAGAAGGCGUAAGAGCUCAGCCACUUUUGUUUCACACAUACCUCUACAUUUCUACAGAAAGUUCUAAAUUAUAAAGAAUUUAAACCCUUUUAAAAACUUUUAUGAGACAAUUUUAGACUUAUAAAACUGCAGAGGUAGUACAGAGUCAUCACAUAUUCUUCUCUUAGCUUCCCUUCAUGUUACCAUUUCACAUAACCAUAGAAUAGUGAUCAAAAUUAAGAAAUUACCGGAGUUCCUGUUGUGGCACAGCAGAAAUGAAUCCGACUAGGAACCAUGAGCUCGCGGGUUUGAUCCCUGGCCUCUCAGUGGGUUAA